UGGAAACAACUUGGAAGAGCAAAGAUAAGGCAAAAUUAUUACCAUGCAGAAAAUUAAUCAGCUUUGAGUCAACGGGAUCGUGAAGUUUUUAUAUUCUAGCAAAAUAUUCUGAGAUAUACUCUCAUCAGACUAGAUAGAUCUCUAGAUGACAGAGAGAUCGUUAUAAGAACAUAUUUUUCCUGAUAAUUUCAAACAUGGUGAGUCUACGAUUAACCAUCACAAUUUGCGUCUUAUCCUUAGCAAUCUUCAUAACUGCUGAACCUAUGCCUAUUGACAAAAUCAAAUUAAGGGUACAGAAGUUAUGCGAUGAAAACAAUGAUGACCUAAUAAAAGAAUUGGCAUUGUGUUACAAGCAAUUUGCAUCAACAAUGAAUCAGAGAGUGGCAAGGACAUGCAUCAAAAGACUUGCACCUGAGACUUAUGGUGACCUAUUUGCAUUUGUAAAAACAGUCUGCAAAGAUCUCUCACUUGUAGAUGCAGUGAUGGCUUGUUUUCACACACAUGAUCAAAAAUUUGAUAAGGUCAAGGAUAAGAAUGGAGCAAAAGCUUGUGUUCUUUCCUCUUUGUCGAAACAUGAUGCCUUUCACAUUCUCUUCAUAAAGGACGAAAAAGAAUAAAAACAUGAGCUUUUACUCAUGCAAGAAUUUGUUUAUAAAAAUUGUCAUUGAACACUUGUAUUGUUACAAAGCUUAUGCAUUAUUAAAAUAAACCAAAGUUUUAAAAAAAUUGCAAAGU